AUGGAUUUGGAUAUAGCGUUACAAAGGGCAUCAGAAGAUGAAGCAGAUAGUCAGUAUGAUGAAGUGUAUCCGGGUCGGAUACUUAAAGGCGAAAAUACACCAGAUAGCGCUAAAAUUCGAUACAUUAGGGGAUGCCGUGAACCAAAAACAUUCGCACGUUACACUUCCAGUCUGAAAAAUAUGAUACCCUUGCGGCCUUUUCACAAACUCGGUCCUUCAAGAGCAAGUAAAGUUGACGAGUCGGGUUUAUUUUCAUUUGUAACAUUCAGUUGGGUGUUUCCAUAUCUAUGGGCUGCCUUUAAAGGUCAUUUAAGUCAAGAUCAAGUGUGGAAUUGUAGCAUUUAUGAUGCAUCCAGUGUUAAUUUGGCACGAUUAGAGUAUUUGUGGAAACAAGAACUUCUGCAGCGACCAAACAGGCCAUCACUUUUUCGAGUCGUGUGUCUGUUCAUCAAGACGAGAAUUUGUGUUGCAUGUUUCAUCUUCCUAUUUUGCCUGCUUUUUGGCUUUAUCGGUCCAAUGUGUUUUGUGAAGGGGUUAAUAUCAUUCGCUGAACAACCACCCCUUUAUAAUAUAUAUCCCAAUCUUGGUUUUGGCAUUUUCUUGGCUUUUGCUGUUCUUAUAGUCGAAACAGUUCGAGUACUCUUAUAUGGAGCUACAUGGGCUGUAAGCUAUCGAACAGGUAUCAGAGUUCGUGGAGCCUUAUUAGCAUUACUGUACAAAAAAUUGAUCAGUUUACGUUCACUGAGAACAAAAACAGGAGCAGAGGUAGUAAAUAUUUUUGCGAAUGAUGGACAGCGAUUAAUUGAUGCAGUUUCAUUUGCGCCAUUGGUAUUGGUUGGACCUCUGGUACUCAUUGUUGGAAUAAUCUAUCUUCUAAUUAUCAUUGGACCGUGGUCAUUGCUAGGAAUACUCACAUUUCUUGUUUUUGACGUCGUACAGAUUGUGCUUGGCAAAAUGUUGAUCCGCUUCCGAACUUCGGCAAUUAAAAAAACUGAAAGACGGAUAAAUUUACUGGGUGAAAUAAUUCGUUGUAUCCGACUUAUAAAGAUGAAUGCUUGGGAGGAGUCGUUCACUAAUGAAAUAAAAGAGAUGCGUCGCAAUGAGAAAAUAGAGUUGCGCAAAGCAGGACUGGCACAAAGCUUGACAAUCGUGUUUGGAUCUGUGGUACCUAUAGUGGCAGCAGUUUUCACUUUCCUCGGACUUAUAUUAUCAGGCGGAAAUCUUCUGGCUGGUGAUGCAUUUAGCACUAUAACGGUAUUCUUUAUCAUGAUGUUCGCUCUCCGGAUGAUUCCUUACGGAAGUCGUUAUUGUGCAGAAGCAUUUACUGCAUUGAAAACAAUACAAGAGUUACUACUUUAUCCAGAGUACGACCAACAAAUACCAUUUUGCCACGAUGCAAACACUGCAAUUCAGUUCAAAAACGCUACUUUUCUUUGGGAUAAUAGAAGUCAGGCAAAUGAAAUAAUGUCAAGUUUGGAAGAAAUUAGUGGAAGAAGUCCUGUUGUUGUUAAUGAACAAAGCAAUAAUGAUACAGCAAUUGCACUGAAGAAUAUCACUCUCAACGUGCGGAAGAAAGAACUCUUGGGUAUAUGUGGUCCAGUGGGAAGUGGAAAAACAGCAUUGCUUAACGCCAUUAUUGGACAUCUAGCGCCAAAAGAUGGUUCGUUAAAUGUUUCGGGGCAAGCAGCUUUCAUAACACAAACACCUUGGAUUUUGAAUCAGACUGUUCAGAGUAACAUAUUAUUUGGUUUGCCGAUGAAAACAAGCCGCUAUUACAAAGCCAUCACUGUUUGCGAGCUCACCAAAGACUUGGAAGCAAUGAAAGCGGGUGAUCAAACCGAGAUCGGAGAGCGAGGAGUGACAAUAUCGGGAGGACAGAAAGCCCGAAUUUCAUUGGCUAGGGCACUUUUUGCAAAUUGUCGCAUUUAUCUUUUGGAUGACAUAUUUGCAUCACUGGAUCGACAAGUUGCUGAUCGUAUUUUUAAACAUGCUGUCAAGGAAAUGCUAGCAAACAAGACUGUUCUUAUGGUUACUACAGAUAUCCAACGGUUAUCGAAAUGCGAUCGAGUUUGCUACAUGGAAGGUGGAGAAAUUAAAGCAGUAGGUACUCAUGAUGAACUGCUGGAGAAAUGUGAGGCAUAUGCUCUUUACUGCGAACAUUCCAUUUAUUCCGAUGAAAUUAAGUCGAUGUCGGAAACUGCAGAAGAACAAUGUGAUUUCGGAGAUGAUUUUGUAAAGAUAGAUAGGCCAGAUAAAGCGGAUGAAUUUGCGAAAACAAGAACGGAAGUGUCGGACGAAUUUGAAGCAUCAACGUCUAUGAUGAAUCUUACGAAAUCCGAUGGGCAAUUGGUUAUGGAUGAAGAGAAUUUCGGCUCGUCAACUAUGCCUUGGGCAACUUACAAACGGUACAUCGAUGCAGCUGAUGGGCGUUGGGUUUGGAUAGUAUUACUGCUCGCAUUUGUUGGCAAUGUAGCUGCCUCAAUAUUUUCUACUGCUUGGCUGUCACAAUGGUUGAAAUAUGGACAUUCGCAGCAGGUUGUGAAUAUCAGUGGAGAAGUCCGCAUCGAACUGAGUAGCAUAGCCGAAAGCAAAUAUACUAGCUAUUAUGCAACCAUAUAUGGAUUUUCUGUAAUCAUUUUGUUCGUUUCAGGCCUUCUAAAAGCCCUUAUUUUUGUCCAUGUAUCAUUAAAUGCUGCUUCGCAACUGCACAAUCAAAUGUUUGAUAGUGUGAUACGUGGCACUGUUCGCUUUUUCGAUACAACACCAAGUGGAAGGAUUCUAAAUCGAUUUUCGAAAGAUAUGGAUGAAAUUGACGUCAAAUUGCCAUUCACAGCUGAAGUUUUUCUCCAAAAUUCACUUAUGUGUGUGGGUUUUUUGAUUAUGAUCGCAUGGGUUUUCCCAUCCUUCUUACUUCCGUGUAUAUUUUUGUUCUGUAUUUUCACUAUUUUUGUGUUGUGUUUUCGAGCUGGCAUCACAAGUUUAAAACGAUUCGAAAAUAUAUCACGUUCUCCAUUAUUUGAUCACAUAUCUGAAAGUAUGGAAGGUAUUCAGACCAUUCACUCACUUGGCCAAACCGAUGAUUUUAUUGAAACUUUAAAAAACAAGCUCGACUUGAAUAGUGGAGCUAUGUUCAUGUAUCAGUCAGCAAUGCGUUGGUUAGCUGUGUGGCUGGAUUUAUUAGUCGUUGUCAUUACUUUCAUUGUAUCAUUAUUAAUUGUUCUGUUGACCGGAAGUAUAGCACCGACAGAUGCUGGAAUGGCACUUGUUUUUGCAUUACAGAUGAGUGGUAUAUUUCAAUUUGCGGUACGCACACAAACGGAACUCGAGGCAAAAAUGACAUGUGUUGAACGUGUUACCUAUUAUAUCGAUCAUAUUGAGUCGGAAAAUGAUUGGAAAAAUGGAAGGGGUGACUCUUCUUUAUUAAAUGAUUGUCCUCUGGAAGGACCAGUUGUUUUCAGGGGAGUUACGGUACGUUAUGGCCCAAAUUUACCUUUAGCUCUGGAUAAUGUCAGUUUUAGGAUUGAAGCGAAGGAAAAAAUAGGAAUUAUCGGGCGCACUGGAUCAGGGAAAACGUCGCUGUGUAAUGUGCUCUAUCGGUUGUAUCCGUUGACAUCGGGUAGUAUUGAAAUCGGUGGUAUUAACACAACUCGUAUUGGACUUUGUCGGUUACGUCGAUCUAUAGCAGUGAUUCCACAGGACCCGACACUUUUUGUUGGCACUAUCCGUUUUAAUGUUGAUCCAAACAAUGAAUUUACUGAUGAUCAAAUUUGGAUGUCUCUCGGAAAAACUUAUUUGAAAGAUAUGGUAUCUUCAUUAGAUCAGAAACUGGAUUCUCCCGUCACUGAAGGCGGACGUAAUAUAUCAGUUGGUGAACGGCAGUUGUUCUGUAUGGCAAGAGCUUUGUUAAGGCGAGUGCGAAUCGUAGUAUUGGACGAGGCAACAGGUAGCUUAGAUAAUGCCACAGAUCGACAUAUUCAAAAAUGCUUGCUUGAAGCAUUUGUUGAUUGUACCGUUAUGGUAAUUGCUCAUCGUCUGGAAAAUGUUUUGGGUUUGGACAAAAUUCUUCAUAUGAAACAAGGGAAGGUUGUGGAAUACGACACAAUGCAGAAUCUAAUCAAGGAUGAGAAUCAUCUUCUGCGACGUUUACUGGGCGAUAAGAAGUUGCAACAAGCAAUAGAAUUACAGAAGGAGCGCAGUACUAAGAAAAUGACAGAAAACCCAGAAGAAACAUUAAAAGCAUCAGUAAAUGGAAGCAGUGGAAGUAAUCCUGAGCAUCUUUAUUCAACUUUUGCAGAAGCUUCUGGUAAAACUUCCCCGGAAACAUCAGAAUUUGAAAAGAUUAGUGAUAGUAUUGAUAAAGAAAUCAUCACUAUGAGCAAUGAUAAUAGUGACCUAGAAAUGAUCAAUAAGUCGGAUUCCGAAUCAAAUUAUUAA